UUAAGCCACCUUCUGCACUUGCUUGUCCACUUAAAUGGGGAAUACUGUGGAAGAUAAAGCAGCCAGCCCCAUUUCGCUUGUUGCCAUUCUUUUAUGUCGGAGAGUACUACUGGAUUGGAUCCUAAUAUUUGAAGACUUUUACUCAAGGUUUCUGGGUGUAAUCCAAUUCUUCACAUACUUUCUUCAUCGUGUAUGGAAAGUUUGUGUUGAAUGUACAACCACAUGUGCAGAAGCUCCAACUCAGAAACUUUCCAGCAAUGGAAAUGGUACAGAAUCAUCGACCCCAAAACUAUUUUCUUGGGAAAAUGUUGAUGAUGAUAAUAAAUUGUCCAUUGGAGAAGUGAAAAUGAUGAUGGAGAAACUGGGAACCUCAUGUGACGUAGAGGAUCAUGAGAAUUAUGCAGCACUGUUUGAGGAGGAGCCAAGCCCAGAGGAAGUGAAAGAAGCUUUUGAUAUGUUCGAUGAAAACAAUGAUGGGUUCAUUGAUGCAGGGGAGUUGGAAAAAGUCCUCUCCACUCUGGGAAUCUUGGACCAUUUGGAAGCAGAUCAAUGCCAAAGGAUGAUCAGUGUGUUUGAUGAAAAUGCAGAUGGACGGAUCGAUUUCAAUGAAUUUGUUAAGCUGCUGGAGUACAGCUUCUGCUGACAUCCAAGCAGUCACCAAUCAAAAAAAAAAAAAGAGCCAGUAGAACCCUGCAUAUGCAUCCUUUGGUAAGUGCAAGCACACACCAAAAAAAAAAAAAAAAAAAGAGAGAGAGAGAGUGCUUUGGAGUGUUUUCAUUUACAGGAGUGUUUUCAAAAUGGUUUUUUUAAGGCAUUUUGGGGUAUUGCAUAGUUUGGGGAUGUUUUGAAAACUGUUUUGUGAAAUGUUUUUAGUGGAGUGUUUUGAGGAAAAAAAAGGGUCUUUUGUGCAAUGUUUCCUCCAGAGUUUGUGAAAUGUUUUUUGUGAAAACAAAUGGUGAAGGGAUCUCCAACCACAACAUGCGGCGGCCUUGGAGAGACCUCCGCGGACCCCCUCGACGAAUAUCUCUCCCUCCAUGCGGUGGGCUCAAAUUCAAUGUAGUGGUUGGACACAAUCUACCCUAUCUCACAGCCCACCGCCGGCAGAGAGGAGGUGUUUCCCCUUCACAGCUCACACACACACUCUAUUUGCUACAUCUUGAAUAAAAUCUGUGUUUGAGAAUUUAGUUUGAAAAAUUAUUUUGGCAGGUCAGUAAAGGAAAACCAUUCUCAAAACAAGACCUGUUUCUUAGUGUAUGUAUAUCUUCUGUAUCUUCUCAAUAAUCAAGUUUUUAGAGCUUUAGAUUUAUGUAUCAUUACUACAAGUUUGUGAUUACUCAAUUUAAAGUCUGAAUAAUAUGCCAGAUUUGCAGCA